AUGGUGGGCUCUGGGAUCCCCGCUUUGAGCCUCUUCCUGCUGAUGCAGGGCUCAGACGGGAAUGGGAUCCAGGGAUUCUUCUAUCCAUGGAGCUGUGAGGGAGAUGUAUGGGACCGGGAGAGCUGUGGGGGCCAGGCGGCAAUUGAGAACCCCAAUCUGUGUCUGCGUCUCCGGUGCUGCUAUCGUGAUGGGGUCUGCUACCACCAGCGGCCAGAUGAAACCAUGCGGAGAAAGCACAUGUGGGCGCUGGGCUGGACAUGUGGAGGCCUCCUCUUCCUGGUCUCCAGCAUCUGCUUGCUCUGGUGGGCCAAACGUCGAGAUAUGCUGCACCUUCCAGGGUUCUUAAAGGGCAAAUGUGACCUGUCGAGGACCGUGUCUCUGUUAUCCAAGGACAGGGGGCCUUUGAGUGAAAAGAAGACGUCCGCAGGCAGCAUGCCAACCUCUGUUACUCCGGAGGGGAACAUGGAAGCGUCAGGGGCCACCGAAGGGGAAGGAACGACAGAAGGGGGUGAAGAAACAGAAGGGGCGGAGGACGAAGAUUAGGGGCUCCCCUGGGGGGCCCCUCAAUACAGAUAUAGCA